AUGCUGCGCUACCUGCUCAAAACACUGCUGCAGAUGAACUUAUUCGCCGAUUCCCUGGCCGGGGACAUCUCCAACUCCAGUGAGCUGCUCGUGGGCUUCAACUCCUCGCUGGCGGCGCUCAACCAGAGUCUGGUGCCUCCCGGCGACCCCUCUCUCAACGGGUCAAGGAUCGCGCCAGAAGAUGCUAUGCCGCGCAUUGUCGAGCAGCCUCCAGACCUGCUGGUCUCCCGAGGCGAACCGGCCACACUGCCCUGCCGCGCCGAGGGCCGGCCCCGGCCCAACAUCGAGUGGUAUAAGAACGGGGCGCGCGUGGCUACUGCCCGCGACGAUCCGCGCGCGCACCGCCUCCUGCUGCCCAGUGGUGCCCUUUUCUUCCCGCGUAUCAUGCACGGGCGCCGAGCACGGCCAGAUGAAGGUGUCUACACUUGUGUGGCGCGCAACUACCUGGGAGCAGCAGCUAGCAGAAACGCCUCGCUGGAAGUGGCAGUCCUCCGAGAUGAUUUCCGGCAGUCGCCUGGGAACUUGGUGGUGGCAGUGGGGGAGCCUGCAGUACUGGAAUGCAUCCCUCCUCGUGGCCACCCGGAACCGUCGGUGUCCUGGAAGAAGAACAGUGAAAAAAUCAAGGAGGAGGAGGGAAGGAUCACCAUCCGUGGAGGGAAGCUGAUGAUGUCACAUACACUCAAGAGUGAUGCAGGGAUGUAUGUGUGUGUGGCCUCCAAUAUGGCGGGAGAACGGGAGAGUGGGCCAGCUGAACUUGUGGUGCUAGAGCGCCCCUCAUUCCUACGUAGACCAGGUAAUCAGGUGGUCCUGGCUGAUGCCCCUGUGGAUUUCCCAUGUGAAGUACAAGGGGAUCCCCCUCCUCAUCUGAGUUGGCGCAAGGAGGAUGGGGAACUGCCCCCAGGCAGGUAUGAGAUCCGAAGUGACCACAGCCUUUGGAUUGGGCGGGUGAGUGCUGAAGACGAGGGGACUUACACCUGUGUGGCGGAGAACAGCGUGGGCCGUGCUGAAGCAUCUGGCUCCCUCAGCGUUCACGUCCCACCUCAGCUGGUGAUCCAGCCUCAGGAUCAGAUGGCAGCUCCUGGAGAGAGUGUGGCUUUCCAGUGUGAGACCAAAGGAAACCCCCCACCUGCCAUCUUCUGGCAGAAGGAGGGGAGUCAAGUUCUACUGUUCCCCAGUCAGUCGCUUCAGCCCACAGGGCGCUUCUUGGUCUCUCCAAGAGGACAGCUCAACAUCACUGAAGUACAGAGUGGGGAUGCUGGCUACUAUGUGUGCCAGGCUGUCAGUGUGGCUGGCAGCAUUCUGGCCAAGGCUCUGUUGGAGAUAAAAGAAGCAUCCUUGGAUGGGAUGCCUCCCAUCAUCCUCCAGGGACCAACCAAUCAGACGCUGGCACUAGGCUCCUCUGUGUGGCUGCCAUGCAGAGUAACAGGGAACCCUCAACCCAGUGUCCGAUGGAAGAAGAAUGGGCAGUGGCUGCUGGGGGAUGACUUUCAGCUCAGCCUAAUGGCUAAUGGUACCCUGUACAUUAGCAACAUGCAGGAGACAGACAUGGGUUUCUACAGCUGUGUGGCCAAGAGUUCCACAGGUGAGGCCACAUGGAGUGCCUGGCUUAGGAAACAGGAAGAUUGGAGAGUGUCAUCAGAACCCCCUGUUGAACCCAGUACUCCUCCAGGGCCUCCCUCUCAGCCAGUGGUCACUGAGAUCACUAAAAACAGCAUCACCCUAACCUGGAAGCCCAACCCCCAGGCUGGGGCCACAGUUACCUCUUAUGUGAUAGAGGCUUUCAGCCAAGCAGCUGGCAAUACGUGGCGGACAGUGGCAGAUGGUGUGCAGCUAGAAACUCACACAGUCAGUGGUCUGCAGCCCAAUACUAUCUACUUGUUCCUGGUUCGAGCAGUGGGGACCUGGGGCCUCAGUGAGCCCAGCCCUGUCUCUGAGCCUGUCCGCACCCAGGACAGCAACCCUUCCAGGCCAAUGGAGGACCCAUGGAGAGGCCAGCAGGGCCUGACUGAAGUGACUGUGCAAAUGCAGGAGCCCAUAGUCCUUGGGCCCCGGACCCUGCAGGUUUCCUGGACUAUGGAUGGCCCAGUCCAGCUGGUGCAAGGGUUCCGGGUAUCUUGGAGGAUUGCAGGCCCUGAUGAGGGAAGCUGGACAGUGCUAGACCUAGAGUCCUCAAACCAGCAAAGUGCUGUGCUAAGAGGACUCCCACCAGGGGCCCAAAUCCAAAUCAAGGUGCAAGCCCAAGGCCAAGAGGGGCUGGGGGCUGAAAGUCCCUUUGUGACCAGGCGUACUCCUGAGGAGGCUCCCAGUGGUCCCCCCCAGGGAGUGACAGUAACCUUGGGGGGUGAUGGCAACAGCAGUAUCACUGUGUCCUGGGAACCUCCACCCUUCUCUCAGCAAAACGGAAUCAUCAAGGAAUACCAGAUCUGGUGCCUGGGCAAUGAGAGUCGCCUCCACCUCAACCGGUCUGUGGCAGGCUGGGCACGCUCCGCUGUGCUCCAGGGACUGCUGCCGGGUCUCCUGUACCGGACCCAGGUCGCGGCAGCUACUAGCGCUGGCGUCGGUGUGGCCAGUGCCCCGGUGUUGGUGCAGCUACCGCCUCCGCCGGAAUUGGAGCCUGGGCUCGAGGUGGGCUGGGGGCUGGCGGAGCGGCUUGCUAGGGUGCUACGGAAGCCGGCCUUCCUCGCGGGCAGCGGCGCCGCCUGUGGGGCGCUGCUCCUUGGGCUCUGCGCCGCCCUCUACCGGCGCCAGAAACAGCGUAAGGAGCUCAGCCACUAUACUGCUUCCUUUGCCUAUACUCCUGCAGUGUCCUUCCCACACUCAGAGGGCCUCUCUGGAGCCAGUUCCAGGCCACCCAUGAGCCUUGGCCCUGCCCCCUACCCAUGGCUGGCAGACUCGUGGCCCCACCCAUCUCGAAGCCCCUCAGCCCAGGAACCCAGGGGAAGCUGCUGUCCCAGCAAUCCUGACCCAGAUGACAGAUAUUACAAUGAAGCAGGGAUCUCCCUCUACCUGGCUCAGACAGCCCGAGGCCCUGCUGCUCCUGGUGAGGGCCCUGUCUACAGCACCAUUGACCCAGCUGGGGAGGAGCUGCGGACCUUCCAUGGGGGCUUUCCCCAACAGCCUCCAGGGGAUCCAGGCACCUGGAGCCAGUAUGCUCCUCCAGAAUGGAGCCAGGGGGACAAUGGAGCCAGGGGAGGCAAAGUGAAGCUUCUGGGGAAACCUGUGCAAAUGCCUUCUCUAAACUGGCCAGAAGCUCUGCCACCACCUCCCCCUUCUUGUGAACUGAACUGCUUAGAGGGACCUGAGGAGGAGCUGGAGGGCAGCUCAGAGGUAGAAGAUUGGUGCCCAUCAAUGCCACUUGGCCACUUGGCCAAGCCCAGUUCAAGUGGAGGGUGUCUGGUUGCCUCAUCCAGAGGGGAAACCCCCUCUCCCACUCCCUCCUAUGGACAGCAAUCUACAGCCACUCUUACCCCCUCACCUCCUGACCCUCCUCAGCCACCCACUGACAUUCCCUGUCUCCAUCAGAUGCCCAGGAAGGUGGCCCUUGGGCAAAGUUCUCCUCUCAGUGCAUCCCAGCCCACUCUGAGUAGCCAUGAAGGAGGACGUGUUGGCCUGGGUGCUGGCCCUGCAGCCUCCCAUCACCUCAGCCCUGUCCCUAGUGCAGCCAGCAGUGCCCCAGGGAGAACUCCUCCACUUCAAGGACCCCGGGCCCGAUUCCGGAAGAAACCCAAGGCUCUUCCCUAUAGGCGGGAACAUAGUCCUGGGGACUUGCCCCCACCACCCUUGCCACCACCAAAGGAAGAGACCAACUGGGCCUUAGGGCUGAGAACAGCAGACAGCAUCUCCUCAUUGGAGCGGGAACACAGUGGAGAAAGGAGAGCGGUGCAGAUGGUGCCCCUGGGUGCCCAGCAGUGCCCUCACCCAGGUGAAGAGUCCUGGCCCCCAUACAGCAGACCAAGCUUCCUGUCCAGGGGCCAGGGCACCAGCACCUGUUCCACAGCUGGCAGCAACUCUUCACGAGGCUCCAGCAGCUCUCGGGGUUCCCGGGGCCCUGGACGGAGCCGGAGCCGGAGUCGGAGUCAGAGCCAAAGGCCAGGACACAAGCGUCAAGAGGUGGGGGCUAAAUGA